AUGGAUACUUUGCCUUACAACGAGGUACCGAAUGGACGGGAAGAUAAUUUUGCAAAGAAAAAUAUAGAAAUCAAUAUGAAAAAGGAUCCGGAAGAAGGUCAAACACCGACAAAUUCGUACGGGGUUAAUGUCUUCGAAAGAAUAGGGUCAAAUACUUCGAUAAACUCGUUGUUUGAUUCCAACGAGUAUUAUUGCGAUGCUUUCAAAACCAAUGGAACGCAAACUGCGGCAAGCAGUAUGAUAUCGACUCCGUUUUUGCUGACUUUAAAGGAAAAUAUCCUUGAAGUGGAAGACUUCAACACUUUGAUAUCACAGAAGCUUAAUUUCAACAAAACAAUCAUAAUUUUGGUCGGACUUCCAGCAUCAGGCAAGAGUACGAUAUCCAAACAACUCUGUAGCCAUUUCGACCAAAAGAACUACAGGUCGAAGAUAUACAAUGCAGGAGACAUUCGUCGUAGACUCAAACAUAACUCGUUCAAUAGUUCGGAUUUCUUUGACCCUAACAACUUGAAGGCAAAGCACGAAAGAGAAGUUUUUGCUACAACCUCAUUGAGCACAUUAAUGCACGAUUUGAACAAAGGAAAUAUUAACAUUGGAUUUCUUGAUGCAACGAAUACGACAUUGGAAAGAAGAAACAAAAUUAUGCAAUAUAUACGGGAUACGCCAAUCCGGGUUGAUAAUGUCAUUUUAAUGGAUAUCCAAUGCAAUGACCAAACCUUGAUAAACUUCAAUAUAAGUGGCAAGGCAUUCAAUGCUGAUUACAAGGGAAAGGAUUACAAUACGUCUGUUCGGGACUUCAAAGAGCGGUCGAAACAUUAUGUCAAGAUUUAUGAUCCUAUCAGUGAGGAAGAGCUUGCAUCAUAUAGAGAUGUAGCCAGUCUUUAUGUACAGAUUGUAAAUGGUGGGAAAAAAUUCAAAUUUGCAAAUAUCUCUGAAUCAAAUGAAGUGGAUAUUCAAAUUGGGAAUGACCUUCUUACAUGUCUCACCGAUUUCAUUAAAAACUACCCAGACAGGGAAGGGAAGAGAUAUUUCGAAGCAGUAGAAGCAUUCUACAAAAGCAAGAAUAACAUUUAG